UAACGUAUUUUUUGAAUGAAAAUUGUAAUUCAGAAAAACAAUAUCUUGUAAUUGCAUCUUGUAAUUGAUAUUAAAAGUCAGAAACACUUAUCGAAAAAACUGUCGAAGCUUUGAGAUGAAAAGUUUCAAAUUCUUUGCCUUAUUGGCAAUUGGUGUGAUGUGCUCAGCACUCACUCAGCGUAGAACGCAGUUCGAACUGGAAAACAAUGGAUAUUCUGGCCUCCUGAUUGCUAUAAAUGAUGAGAUACUGCCGUCUCAAGAUUUUCUUGACGGUAUCGAGCGAACCUGGAUUGAUUUCUCUGAGGCACUCUUCAAUUCAACCGGACGACGAGCGUACUUCAAUCAAGUUGUAGUUUCUCUGCCUUCUACUUGGGACCAUUUCAACUUCUCCAAUAUCUCAUCAACUUCAGAGUUCUCCUCUGCCUCCUCCAAGCAAGGAAUCGAUUGGGCUAAUGUAAUAGUGAGUGAGAGGAAUCCCUCUUUUGCUGAUGCACCGUACACUAAACAGACAGGAGAGUGCGGAGAACCAGGGGAAUACAUUCAUUUGACGGAGAAGUUUGUCACGGACGAAAGAUAUACGAAACAGGCAUUCGGAAAUGUCGGUAAACUGUUGGUUCGUGAAUGGGGGCAUCUGAGAUGGGGACUGUUCGACGAGUCUGGAUCGAGUGACCAGUCGCCCACUAAGUUGUUCUACCACGGAAUGGACGGAUCUCUGCACCCAACUCGAUGUUCUGCACAAAUAAGAGGCAAACCGCAGGACGCUGUCACUGGAGGAAAAUGCGAAAUCGGCCUGGAGACUGACCUGCCGUCUGACACUUGUAUGUUCAUGCCAGACAGAGACCAACCGGAAGGAGUCACUGGAUCUGUCAUGUUCAUGCACUCUCUACCGCAGAUCACUGAGUUCUGUGACGAUGAGCCCGACACCCCAGCUGGACGUCGCCACAACUCGGAAGCCCCCAACAAGCAUAAUGCCAUGUGCAACGGAAGAUCAGCCUGGUCUGUCAUGCGAGACCACCCGGACUUCAAGGACGGGAAUAACGCAGCUGUGCCUGCUGAUGUGAUCAAAGACGUGAAGCCCAAGUUCAAGUAUGUGGUCCAGAGGCCGAAAGAGAUCGUCUUCGUAAUAGAUGUUUCCACCAGAGAAAACGUUGACAAAACUAAUGAAAUCAGGCAAGCAGUUGGUAACUACAUCAUGAACCAAGUUCCGCUCGGGUCCAAAGUCGGAUUGGUGGCGUUCGCAAGUGAAGCCACCCAGCUCUCGGCUAUGACGUCAUUGAGAAACGAAUCGGACAGGGCUCGACUGCUGACCCAUCUGUACAACGACACUCUCCUGACAGAGAAAUAUACAACCGAAGAGCGAGGAAAGACAAGUAUUGGAAGUGGACUGUCCAGCGCCAUUGCGAUGAUAUCGGGCGGUCAAGGGGGUGGCUUUUCGUCCGGCGACGCCUCAGAUUCCUCGGAUCCUCGUCUUACCGACAUCUGUUUGUCGUAUUUACGUGAACAAACAUUUGAUGCGUCCUUGUUGUCCCAACUGCCAGAGGAUAUUUCGGCUAAGGAUCUGCUGACGAUCUGUCAGAGUCCGUUCUACAAAGACCAGUUGAUAUCGAGUUCCGGUGGAAAAUUCGACCCCAGCGACAUCAAUGGAGACGGUGCAUUAAUAUCUGUAGCCUGUGAGUACUACUCUCAAAAUGGAAAGCUAUCCAACGACCAUUUGAUCAAAUACCUGGAAUUGUACCCGAAGAAAAGUUAUUCGGACCUGGAAGACACGUGCAAAGCACAGCUGAUUUCUGGUUCGGGCGGAGACGGAAUUUCGGGAAAUAGCGGGAUUGAAGCGAUAGUGCGAGCAGCGUGUGAACAUUACUUGGUGAACAGUGAUUUCACGACAGAGCAGAUUCUUCAACUUAAAAAGCUGUUCCCAGAGAGAACUGCCUACAAACAGCUUACCGAACUGUGCGAAGACCCUGACCUCAUUUCUGGUGGUGCGGGUGGAAACGGGGGAGGGGCGGGAUCAAGUGGGUCUCGGGAUGCAAUGGUUAAGGAAGCGUGCGACUAUUACCGUGCUAACGAAGACUUCACGGCCGAACAGCUGUUCGCACUGAAGAGUGCUUUCCCCAAUCGUUCCCUGAAAGAAAUCACAGAGUUGUGCGCCGACGGAGAACUCAUUUCGGGAUCGGACGGGGAGGGUGGAGUUAAUCCAUCGCGGGAGGCUAUCGUGAAAGAAGCGUGCGACUACUAUUCGCUGAAUUCUGACUUUACCACCAAACAAUACGAGAGUCUUAAACAGCUGUACCCUGAAAGAACCACGUUUAAGCAGCUUACAGAGCUGUGCGAUAAUGAGCUCAUUUCGGGAUUGGAUGGGGAGGGGGGCUCUGAUCCUUCGGGCGAAGCAACCGUGAAACUAGCAUGUGAAUACUAUUCUGUAAAUUCGGACUUCACAACUAAACAAAUGGAGGACCUCAAGCGUCUCUAUCCAGACAGAACUUCGUUCAAGCAACUCGCUGAGCUGUGUAAAAAUGAUGAGCUGAUAUCCGGGGACUCGGGUGAUUCAAAACCCUCUGACUCUGAGAUCGUGAAGCGAGCGUGUGAAUACUAUGCCGUGCACAAAGAUUUCACGCGAGAACAGGCCACAGACCUUAUGGAGAAAUUCACUGACCUCAGUUUCAACGAAUUACCCAGUCUAUGCUCCGAUUCUGAUCUGAUAUCCGGGGACUCGGGCGACUCAAACCCCUCUGAAUCUGAAAUCGUGAAGCAAGCGUGUGAAUACUAUGCCGUGCACAAAGAUUUCACGCGUGAUCAAAUCAACGACCUAAUGGACAAGUUCACCGAUCUCAGUUUCAACGAACUACCCAGCCUAUGCUCAGACUCAGGCGGCAAACCUGAAGAAAUUACAUUCGAAAGUCUUUGUCUGGACUACAAGAAAACAUCGAAUAUCAGAGGAGAUCUUAUUAAGCAGCUUAAAAUGAGUGUGAUCGAAUUCAUCUCGAGUUGUGAUGCGACUAACAGACGGGCUAAACGCGAACAGAGUGAGUUGGCUGAAAAAUGUGCCGAAUGGAAAGAACAUCUUGACUCUACUGAUGAUGAAACGGACGCAGUCUAUCAAAUCGUUAAGCAGAGUUACGAGCGCGACUGCAUUGAGAAUGAUCGUGUUAAACGAAGUGAGAAAAGCGAGAAGUGUUCGGAGUUGGAAAAGCAACUAGAUGACGCCGAGGAUAGUGGAAAUGAUUUCCUGGUCGAACUACUAAAAGAAAAACUCCAAACCGACUGUGUUGAGAUUGAGCGUGUGAAACGGAGUGAGAAAAGUGAGAAGUGUUGGGGACUGGAAAAGGAACUCGAAACCGCAGAGAAAAACGGAAAUGACAUCAUAGUUGAAGUGCUGAAGGAGAAAAUACAGGCUGACUGUGUCGAGGAGAUUGAGCGAGUCAAACGUGAGGAAAAGAACGACAAGUGUAUACAAAUGGAGAAAGAACUAGAGGACGCCAAGGCUAUCGGAAGCGCAGAAUUCGUACUUGAAAUGAUAAGAGACAAAAUACAGACAGACUGUGCCGAGCUGCACCGGAGAAUAAUUCGUGCCGCUGAAAGUGCGGAAUGCAGAGAGUUAAAAGUUAGAUUCGAAGAUGCAGUGAAAGAUGGCGACGCAUUCCUGGAAAAGACAUUCAAGGAAAAUUUUAAUUCCAAGUGCAAGGAGGUUAAGCGUACUGAACGUGACGCUAAGAGCGACGAAUGUGAACAACUAGAAAAAGAACUGGAAGACGCUAAAGCCAGAAACAAGCCUGAGUUUAUGCUGCAGAUGAUAGAGGAUAAAAUACAGACUGACUGUGUGGAGGAGUAUGAGCGACUUAAACGUACUGCGAAAAGCGAGGAGUGUUUGGCGCUGGAAAAGGAACUGGCAGAUGCCGAGGCAACUGGAAAAACCUUCCUUGUUCAAAUUCUGAAAGAGAACAUAAAGACCACUUGUACCGAGGACUCUAGUGAGUCGGGUGGUUCAGGCGCUGCAUGUGCUAAGCAGCAAGAAGAUCUAGACAAGGCUAUGAGACAAGGAGUAGAAGACUAUCUUCUAGAUGUUCUAAGACGGGCUCUACUUGACUGUAAAGCACACAAUACUGAGGAGUCGAGUGGGGGUUCAGUUGCGACCGCAUGUGCUAAGCAGCAGGAUGCACUAGACAAGGUCAUAAGUCAAGGAGGAGAUGAGUCACUGAUAGAUGUUCUACAAAAGGCGCUUCUCGAUUGUAAAGCAGAAUAUACUGAGAACGAUGCUUCUUCUUCCAGCUCCUCGGAUUGUUUGAAACAGAGGGAAGAUCUGGAGGAUGGGAGGGAGCGAGGUUUCCCCUCUAAUGUCAUAGAUCUCCUCCAAAAAGACUUGGACCAGUGUCUAGCUAAAUCACAAGUGGUCGUUGACCCGGUUGAUGGCAGCGGGGAUUCCAAAGACUGUUCCAGUAAGAGGAAAUCCCUGGAAGAGGCGGUUGAGAAGAAGUACUCGGCGCAUAUGAUAGACUUACUGCAACAAGAUCUGAACAAAUGCUUGUCUAAUUCGGUUGAUGGAAAUGAUGGGGCUGCUUCUGGGUGUGAAGGAGAGCGAAAUGCGUGGGAGGAGGCAAUCAAAGAAGGCUACUCGUCCAAUGUCAUCCAGUCCCUCAAGAGCAGCUUGGACAAAUGCAUCAGUCAACAGCAAGAGUCUUCGGUGGUUGUACCCGAGGGGGGUGGUGGGGAUGGCGGGGAUUGCACUUCUGAAAGGGCAGCCUUGCAAGAAGGGUUAGAGAAGGGACUGAGUCCCAACGUCAUCCGACUGCUACGAGCUGACCUAGAGGAAUGCCAGGGUGGGGGUGUAGAUGGUGGGUCGGCUGCGUCGAACGAGUGUGAGAGUAAAGAAUUGGCCUAUCAGAUUGCAAUGCAAGACUCCUCCCUCUCGGAGGCCCAGAAACAACUAGCGAGGGGGGCCUACUUCCAAUGUCUUGAAGCAAACCAGGGUGUGAGUGAGGGUGGGGAUGGUGGUCAAGGGGGAGAGGGGGUGGACUGUAGUGCUUGGGAGGUGAUGUAUGACAAUGCUAUGAAGAGUGGAACUUCUGAGUUGAUCGAGUUGAGUAGGAAAAGCCUGGAGGAGUGCAGGGCGAGGGCCACUAAAGAGGGCGGGUCGGGAGGCGACGGAACACUAUCGUGCAAAGAUAUCCGACAACUUUACACUUCAACUUCCGAUGUCAAUGUGCGAAAUAUGCUCAUGCAGAAAAACGCAGCUUGUCUAACAGAUUUGGACGAAUCAGAAAUCGAUGGUGGGGACAGCAAUACCGGAGUCACAACCUGCUCCCAUUUCUCAACAGUGCUGGCGUCUAUGGAAGCAGACCCCAAUUCUGACUCGGCUGCUAUCAAAAGUGUAAAGGAUCAAUACGAAAAGUGUCUGGAACAAGGAGGAAUCGAUACUAAUGGUGGCUCCGGCAAUGCGCUGGCUAGUUGUGAUUCCAUAAUGGACACGAUUAAGAUGAUGCAAGCGAACGGCGGGGAUUCGGGCGAAACGGAACUGAUUCGAAAGUUGCAAGCGCAGUACUCGAAAUGUGUAGCGGAGGGUGGCGCUGAUAUAUCAGGCUUGAACGAGGCCGGCUCCAAGGAUAACACGUGUGCUACUCUUAGCAGUGCGAUCGAUGGGCUAAGUCAAACAGUUAAAACAGACCCCUCGCCCGCCAAUCAAGAGUCCCUACGGAGUCUAACCGCCAGUUUCAGAACACUGGGCUGCACCGGCAACCAAAAUGCCGACUCGGACUAUGGUAACUAUGGAGCUAUCUCAGGGAAGAACGCCCAUGAAAUAGUUCUCAUAACUUCUUACCAAGACAGUAUGGACGUUGAGUCCACGAUAACAGACGUGGAUACUAAAGGGUUGCAAGAAGCAGGAGUCUCUCUCACAGUUGUUCACGCUCGACAGUUCUCUUAUAUUCAACUUAUGCGAGUUAUUAACUACAACAAUGCAACCUUGUUUGAUUUGUCACUGGAAAAGGGCUCCAAUCUGAAAGGAACCCCGGGGUCUUUGUUCACACUGCAAAGCCAAGACCUGGACGCAAAAAGUGCAAUGAUUCUUCAGAAGCAAGUGACCUUGAACAAGCCCUUCAAGAACCUUGACGCAGAAACAAACAAAACAAUGCCCAUUGCAAAAUUCGAGAGUUUCAACAACAUCACCACUGUAACUGUGGACGGUGGAAAAUUCCUUCGUGUCAUUUUUGCUCUGGACAUUUCACGCUUGACGGCCAAAGACAGAGUUCAGUACCCGGCGAUAACCGUAAAAGCUCCAUUUGCUCCUGUUAAAGGGAGGAAGUCUGGAAGCCAGAGUUCGUUCUCGUUCUCGCCCGAUAGUUACAAAGAUGGCGAAAGUGAUGUGGUUAAGAAGUUCAACGAAACUAACACAGUCCGAUUCAUGAUUCCACUUGAAGGACGAAAGGCUAUUGGAAACUGGACUAUCACAGUGUUCGAAGAUCUAUCCAAGCCGGAGAUUUCGGGCCAACUUCUGGUGGACAUUCCAGCCUCGAACCCUCUUGUGAUCGACCCUCCGAAGGAGAACAAAAAAUCAACUGCCUCUGAGCCGACAAAUGAAAAUACCGAAAACGAAGCAGAGACCGAGGCGGAGAAAGCGAAGAGAUCUUCGGAGUUGUUUAUGGAGGAUGAUAUUAUUCCCGAAUCAAAAUCGGAAGAUGUCGGAGCCGAGUUGCAGUCGCCUGUUGAGCUAAUGGACGAUGAUGAAGCGACAAGUGAAGAUGCAGAAAUGGACCCGAAGGCAGCCCGAGCGAAGUUGAUUCAAAAACACCUGGACGAGAAGAAUGGUCCCAUCGUAAGACUGAGUGGAAAAAUAGUUGAAGAGAAACGUUCGAAGAUGAAGAAAGUAGUAGCUGAGUUGACAUGGGGAGAUUACCAUGCCAUUCUGGACGCAGAGGUCAAGGUCAUGUUCGAGUGUGGAACUGCAGGGGACAAGACGAACACCAGGAACAAGGACGAGACCAGCAGAACCAUCACUCUACUCGACAACGGAGCCAAUGGAGACGUGACAGCUGGCGACGGAGUAUACUCUGGCUUCUUCGUAUACACGAGCAAGAUGAGGUGCAGUGGACGUCUGGUGGCCACGGGAGUCCAGGGGGGACCUCAACAUCUGAGAGACUUGGGAAGAGUAUCCACUGUUGACAUGGCCCCAGGAGUGAUCUUCACACGAGAAGCAGAGCAGACUGUGCCAGCAUUCAGACGAGAACUGGUGCUUGAGUCGUUCGACAACAGUGCGGGACAGACCACCUCGGAGGUGGACAAGAUAGCCCCGGCGAGAGUGAUCGACUUGGCUCUAGUGGACUCUUCGCUGAGCAAGAGGACUGUUCAGAUGAAGUUCACCAGAAGUGGAGAUGAUCUGGACAAGGUCACCAUUGGCAAGAUGGUGCAGUAUGACAUCCGCAUCAGUGCCAACCUGACCGAGAUGUACCUCAACUUCGACUCGUGCUUCCAACUCAAACCAGAACACCUCGUGGACACCCGCAUCAUGCCCGAUUUCACCACUCCCUACACCCUACCCAUGUUCACAUUCACAGUACCCGAAGACGUCUGGCUGCAAAGCACCUCCAAGGUGUUUGCUGUGGGUCUGCGUGCGAAUGAUACCCUGAAUUCCAGUCCCGUGUCCAAUGUGGUCAUAGUGGCUCUCAAGGAUCCCCCCACCACCUUCGUGCCCGUAUUCAUCGCCGCCCUACUCCUCAUCGCAUUCAUACUUCUCUCCACUCUCUUCUACGUCGUCCGAAGAGCCGCAAGGAAGUCGGCAAACUCACAAGGCAAAAUUUACAUCCAUGUUCCCAAUCUGAACAAGAAGCGAGGAAUGGGGGGCAAGAUGGGGGGUCAUGGGCGAAAGGGGGGCAGUCAGGAAGUGGACAUUGAAAGCAUGCCCAAACUGAACACAACUUCCCAAGUUUGUGUCGACUCAUACUAAAUAUAAAGAGACAUGCAAAUGGCCAUGUAUCGUUUCAACUGUGGACAUGCAUUUGGAAAAAUAUAAUUACUAUGCAAUUAUGGUCAUUCGAUUUGGCAUACAAAUGAAAAGAAAUCUGACUUGACAUGACAUCUUAAUGGACAGUUUGGAAAUACAAAAUUGAAUGCGACUUUUUGGACUUAUUUUUCGUUGGCCAGCCAACAACUUUGGACUCUAUGGAAUACUUGAUGGCACAAAGUUUCGAAAUCACUUGGGCGAAAACUGGAACGAAACCUGGACAAAAAUUACAAUGGACAACCAGAUCGGGUCAAUUUGGAUGAAAUCUACGAAACUUUUGAUAAUUUUUGCUUGACAAAAGAUUAAUUCACAAUUUUCCUGCUCGUAAUUCAAAGUAGAAAACUUGAAAUAUUGAGAUGUUUUUUUUUGAGAAAACUCAUUAUGCACUACUGUCUACACGAUAAAUUAAAUGGAUAAUUUUUGUAAGAUGAAUAAUAACUUCAUUUGAAAUUGUUAAAAUGAAGAUUAAAUUGAUAUGAACUGAAGGGAUGAUUAUGAAAAUGCAAUAUUUGCAUUCUUUCGUUUUAGCGGUCAAAGGUACAAAAGGUCAUUGAACUAUAAGUGCAUUAAAUUGCUGCUGGGUGCUAUUCUCUCAAAUUCUAUCGCUUGUUUGACACUGUACUACUGUGUAACUGUGUUUUGUAUCUUUUAUAAAUAAAUAAUUCAUUGAUAAGCAUGCGCAAUUUCGAUGUGUUGAACUGGACAAAGGUGUCUCAAACUUGGCCAACCUUCCCUCACUACAUACCUUUUAGCUUAUUGUUAAAAAGCAAACUUAAUUGUUGACAACUGAAAGUGUAAUUGUAUGUGCGGUCCUUGACUAAGGGAGGGUUGCUCACGUUUUUUGUAUUUUCUUCAAUGAAAAAAUGAAAUAUUAGGUUUUGUUUUGUAUUGCAGAAUAAAAAUCAUGUCUUGUUAUUAGUGAUAGAUUUAGUAUAAAGCAUAUAUGCAUAUAUACCAUGCUUUGCAACUAUGAAUCAUUAAGUUUUGCACGCUCCAAGAUAAAGUUAGAUCCAGUGACGCUUAGAAAAUGUUGGAGCCGCAAUCAAUUUAAUUUGUAUUUAAAAGUGCUUGCAGUGAAGCUAGAUGCUUUCUAUAAAACUUUUUGUUAACUUGCAUGUAGGAGCUAUUCCGCAUUUGUAUGAUGUUUUGUAUUGAAAAUAAAAUCAAAUAUUGGCUUUCUAGGGAUUCAUCGUAAUUUAAAUUGAUCUGAAGUUGGAAAUAAUUGCGGUGACCAAAAUUUGAAUGGAUCUCAAGAAACGGUUCCGCUUGGGGCAAAUCAAUUUAUUUUCUGUAGCAUGAAAAUUAAAUAAAUUAAAACUUGAGCAAAAUUAAAUUUUGUUCGAAAUAA